AUGUCUACAGCUUCUGUGCACAGGACGUUACGGAGCGCAUCAAGCAAUCAGUCAUCGAAGCAGGCGAAGAUCCAGCUUAAGUUGAUGCGACCUCUACCGAGGCCCAUCAGAGUGUUGAUACUGUACGGUAGCUUGAGGGAUAGGUCUUUUUCGAGGCUCAUGGCCUAUGAAGCUGCCAGACUGCUUUCAGGCAUGGCGUGCGACGUCAGAAUGAACUCGCCAAGAGGCUUGCCACUUAGGGAUGAUGAUAACAUUACAGGAAUCUUCAAGACAAUUUUCGACCAUAUCCCGCUUUCAACUGGCAGCGUUCGUCCAACGCAAGGUAAAGUUUGUGCCGUCUCGCAAGUCAACGGGGGCUCGCAAUCGUUCAACGCUGUCAACACGUUGCGCAUACUGGGUCGCUGGAUGAGAAUGUUUGUCAUCCCUAAUCAAGCGUCUUUGCCAACGGCCUGGAAAUGUUUUGAUGAAGCCGAUCGCAUGCUAGCAUCGUCGAAUCACGAUCGCUUGGUAGAUGUAUGCGAGGAGCUCGUAAAAGUGUCGGCCCUAUUCGUUGGCAAGGAGCAGCUCUUUGCAGAUCGAUGGAGCGAACGGUCGGAGAAGACUCGUAAUGCUGGAGCAUUGUUCACUCAAGAGCAAAAGGAACGCGCCAAAGGCGCCCCUCUGUUGUGGGUAGCUUACUGA